AAUAUAAGAAAUUGACAUUCAUGAAAAUAUUAGCAGAAAGAGAUUCUCGAGUUAGUAUAUUUAUCAAUUCCUUUUACAGAUAAACCUCCUAAAAAACUUUAAGAUAUAUUAAUAGAUAAAGCUCAUCAACCAUCUUUCUUCAUCAACACUCUCCCAAUCCACCCUGAAAUUCCAAUGAAGUUUGUAACAAAGAACAGAAAGCUAAUAUUUUUUUAUAAAAAAUAAAAUAAAAUCAUGUCUCUCAAGUCACUCUCUACACAACCACUCAAAUCAUUUUCUCUGAAGAUCUGUCUGCAUUAGCUUCCUUUCUUUGUCACCCUUCAAUUUUACCUCCAAACUCUUAACCUUAACUGAUUUAACCCACCACCUCACCUCCAUAUCAUCAUUUUCUCUAUAAAAAAACUAAGUAUUUCUGGAUCGUUUAUUUUUCUUUCUGUAAGUUAAAAACCAUAUGCAAUGAAAGUUCCAAGAGGUUUGUUCACAGCUGGUAUUAUUGCAUCAUGGUACUCUACAAACAUUGGAGUUUUAUUACUAAACAAGUAUUUGCUUACCAAUUAUGGAUAUAAGUACCCAAUUUUCCUCACUUUGUGUCACAUGUUGGCCUGUUCUUUGCUGAGCUUUGUUGCUGUUCGUUGGCUUAAAGUCACGCCAUUGCAAAUCAUCAAGUCUCAAACACAGUUCUUCAAAAUAUGCGCUCUUGGACUUAUUUUUUGCCUGUCUGUUGUGGGUGGCAAUAUCUCCUUGAAGUAUCUUCCGGUGUCUUUUAAUCAAGCUGUAGGAGCAACCACACCUUUUUUCACAGCGGUUUUUGCUUGUUUGAUGACUUUCAAGAGGGAGGCUUGGCUUACUUAUGUCACUCUCAUUCCUGUAGUUGUCGGUGUCAUUAUUGCCACUGGGGGAGAACCAAGUUUUCAUUUGUUCGGAUUUAUAAUGUGCAUUGGUGCAACAGCAGCGAGGGCACUCAAGUCAGUUCUGCAAGGGAUUUUGCUCUCUUCUGAAGUGGAAAAGCUCAAUUCUAUGAACCUCCUCAUGUACAUGGCUCCGUUAGCCUUCCUGUUCCUUCUUCCCGUAUCAGUCAUAGUAGAAGAAGAUGUAAUUGCCAUCACAAUUUCUCUUGCUAGACAAGAUUUAAAGUUCUUAUGCUAUCUGACAUUCAAUUCAGCACUAGCAUACUUCGUAAAUUUGACUAAUUUUUUGGUCACCAAGUACACUAGUGCCUUGACACUUCAGGUUCUGGGAAAUGCAAAAGGAGCUGUUGCAGUGGUUGUUUCAAUAUUGAUAUUCAGAAAUCCUGUGUCGGUCACUGGGAUGCUUGGCUACACUAUCACAGCAGUUGGGGUCUUUCUCUACAAUGAAGCCAAGAAAAGGAGUAAAUGAGGCUCUCUAAUAUAUAAUCAGUUCAAUACUAAUUCUCUGAUGACAUUAUCAAACCAGCAUCAUAUUGGCAUCUUCUAAAUACAGAACAAAAUUUUAAAGGGAUGGGAAGCAGCCAGAUUCUGGAGUUGCAGGACAUUUUGGUUUCAAUCCUGAGAGAUGGUAAGUUAUUAUGUCUGCAUCUUCAUGAUCAAUCUUCCUUUAAUUAUAUGCUGUUAAGCCAUAAAUAGUUAUAUGAAAUGGUUUUCAUACAUUCAUUAAUUGGCCAAAUCAAAUAUCCAAGAAGCUGUACAUUGGUCCCAAUUUCAAAAGAAAUUUUAUAAUUUUU